UUGAAAACUUGUGAUGUUUGUGCGCUCCACGACCUUUGACCAGCAGGAAGCUGUGUGUGACGGUAACUAUUGUAACACUCAUGUCUGUCAGAGGUUACACUUCGACACUGUGUGUGAGAAGCUGCUGACAGAAGUUCCUCAUCUCCAUCUUUGGGCGGCAAAUUGUUACCAUGGUGACGCACCCGCCGGCUGGCAAGUGGAAUAUUUAACCAGACCCCUCCGCUCUCCUCCGGCCGUCGUCAGGGAAGUCGAGAAGAACACAUUGAUCACUAUUGACCGUCUUGUUCUCCCGUACAGCGAGCGAGGUGUGCCCGACCACACAGACGGCCCGCCAGUCAGACGACUGUCUCACCGAGGUCAAGGUCACUCAGGUGACAGUCCAGUUCACUGUGUGACGUGUGGUCGUGACGUGGCCAGCUUCCUACACAGUCUCCGUGUUGGUGUUACAGAGAAUGUCACGACAACAGCCACGACCGUCACCUCCACCACCGGCACCACAACACAGCCCUGCCUACAGUGGAGAAACGUUCUGGUGGUGUACUGGUCUUACAUGACUGACGACUCCGGUAUGGUGAAUGGACUUAAAGAAGCGGGUAUCCCAGUGCGUGUGAUGAAUUACAAUGACAUCGAUGACGUGGCCACGGCUCGCAGUGACGUGGUGUGGGUGACGCUUGGAUAUGAUGUUAGUGGUCUGGAGAGAAAAGUCGUCGUGUGUCUGGAGGAUCAUGAUACAGUCCGGUUCCACGCUAUGUCCCGGUGUACGUCACAACUUGUGAUUGUCUACGAUGACGACAAAACGAAGGAUAAGUGACGUCAUACACAUGUUGUGUGUGACACAUAUAUGUAUAUCUAUUUAUAUACUCACGGCUUUCACCCGUUUAAAGAAGCAGUGAGGCGAAGUAGCAAGGGUAGUUACAGGCUGCAGCAGGCAAAGUGACGAGCGAUGCAUCGCCCUGACCAGCUGCCAAGUGGAUGUAAAGAGGAAGAGAAAACGGACGCCGUCUAACAAAACAAACAAAACAAUGAUGACGGGAAUAGCAAAUGGAAGCGGAUCUAGAAAAUAUAACUAACCUCCCGACGACUGGAUGUGAAGUAAUAAAGAACGGUUAUACUUUU